GGACUUCCGAAACCCCGCCUCCCGGCGACGUCAGCGCGGCGACCGGGUCGGUCUAUAAAAGCUGUGCUGCCGGCGCUGACGCAGAUUGACCCAGCUCUCAACCGGCGGAAGAUUACAUGCGAGACCCCGCGCGACCCCGCAUCCCUUUGUCGGGACAGCCUGCGAGACUUCGCCCCGAGCCCCACGCGUGAGGGCGACAUGAACGCGCUGGCUUUGCGACCAGGCCGGACCCGCGACUGCUUCUGUCAACCCGAGCCAGCCCUCCUGCCCCCGGGGUGACGUGCAGCCCGCCGCCCAGACUCAUGGCCCCAAGCCCAAGACCCCAACAUACCCUGCCCUGGAGGGAUGUUCACUCCUUCUACCUCCUGUCUCCACUGAUGGGCUUCCUCAGCCGGGCCUGGAGCCGCCUGAGGAGCCCGGAACUCCCAGAGCCCUGGCUGGCACUAACAGGAGCAGAUCAGAGAGAGGCCAGCUCUCCGCUGACAUCUCCCCUUGUCUCCGGGAACCACCUUCCUCAGGGGGAGGCUGAAGAGAGUGGGGAAGCUGAAGGCAGUGUAGCAGCCCAGGGGCCCUGCCUUGAUGUGGAAGACAACAGUUCCCCUCCCGAAACUUGGGGACUUUCAAAGAGUGACAACCAUGAAAAGCGACACCCAGCUGGCCUGCCUGUACUCCAUCCCCCUGGCCUGCAGGGAGCUGAUAAGAGCCUUGGUGGGGUGGUGGCUAAAGAAGAGGGAGUGACUGAGCUGCCUUAUCCCACAUCACACCAGGAGGGUUGUCCAGCCGAGGAUGAGGAGGAUGGAGAAACUGUGAAGAGGGCUUUCCAAGCCUCUGCUGCUUACGUGUCUCCAGGAUACAAACCCAGAACUUCUGCCUGUUGCCCAGGGGAGGCAGAACAGCGAGCCACGGAGGAAAAAGGAACAGAAAAUAAAGCUGAUCCCCCCAACUCUCCUCCUUCUGAAGGAGGUGCCAACUCCAGAGCCUGGGAAGACUGCUUGAGAGACACUCCUAAGCAGCAAGGGCAAGCCAACCCAGAGCCACACAGGACAGGGCAGGGUCAGCCUCGUCAGAAUGAAGAGGAAAAAGCUGAGGCCUCAUCCUUGGCUGUCUGUGCUGGGAAUGCCCUCCUGAAGGCAUGGGGGCACCCCCCAGGAGAGGACACGGAGGAAGAUGACAGUGACUGGGGGCCGACUGAGGAAGACGGAGACCAGAGUCAUGCCGCCCCGCAUACAAGUGCCCUCCUGAAGGCCUGGGUGUAUCGCCCAGGAGAGGACACAGAGGAAGACAGUGAUUCUGAAUCAGCAGAGGAAGAUGGAGACCAGACCUGUGCCACCCCGCAUACAAGUGCCCUCCUGAAGGCCUGGGUGUAUCGCCCGGGAGAGGACACAGAGGAAGAUGACAGCGACUGGGGACCUACUGAGGAAGACAGAGACCAGAGCCAUGCCGCCCCGCAUACAAGUGCCCUCCUAUAUCGCCCGGGAGAGGACACCGAGGAAGACAGUGAUUCUGAAUCAGCAGAGGAAGACGGAGACCAGAGCCAUGCCACCCCGCAUACAAGUGCCCUCCUGAAGGCCUGGGUGUAUCGCCCGGGAGAGGACACGGAGGAAGACAGUGAUUCUGAAUCAGCAGAGGAAGAUGGAGACCAGACCUGUGCCACCCCGCAUACAAGUGCCCUCCUGAAGGCCUGGGUGUAUCACCCGGGAGAGGACACGGAAGAGGAGGAUGACGACGACAGUGAGAGUGUGGUCCCAGAUGAUUCAGGAACAGCUGACUCAGGCAGGAGCCCCUACCUUCAGACCCAGCACUGUCUACCAGGAGAAAAGACACGAAGAUAUGAGGGAGGAGAGCACUCUCCGCUCCGGGUGGCCUUCUAUUUACCCGGAGAGAAGCCGCCGCCACCCUGGGCUGCUCCUAAGCUGCCCCUUCCACUGCAGAGGAGGCUCAGGAUGUUCAAGGCUCCUGCCCGGCGUCAGGACCCCGAGACUCCUCCCAAGGCCCGAAAGGUGCACUUCUCUGAGAAAAUCACGGUCCACUUCCUUGCUGUCUGGGCAGGGCCAGCCCAGGCUGCCCGUCGUGGUCCCUGGGAGCAGCUCGCACGAGAUCGAAGCCGCUUUGCCCGCCGCAUUGCCCAGGCAGAGGAGAAACUGGGUCCUUACCUUACCCCCGCCUUUCGGGCCAGAGCGUGGGCACGCCUUAGAAACACGCCCCUUCCUCUGGCGCCCUCACCUCCUCCACCGCAGCUGCCUUGCUCCUCCCCUGGGGCCACGCCCUCCCCCCUUCCCCUUGAAGCCUCCCCUCCCAGUAGUCUGGACCUCGGUGGGAGGCGUGGCUAGGUCCAAGUCCUGUUACUUAUUUUUAAUAAGAAAUAAAGCCAUUUGAUUUGUAGUGAUCAAG